UAGUGCGGUACUGUGCGGUAUAUAAACAUUGAACACGCGAAAGGUCGGACCUGACCGCGGCAAACAUCGGAAUAAACCAAGAAUAAACAGUUUCGAAUAAAAGUUUCAUACCUAAAAAGCACAGAAAUAUGACCGCUCUAGUUGACGCACCGGUUCUGCCGGGCUUCCGCGUGGAGGAAGCCAUCGAGAUGGCCAAAGCAAACAAAAAGGUCAUUCUAGGGCCGGGUCUCCGCCAGGACAGGGACGAUCUCGUGCUGGUGUGCAAAAGUGGUGUCCUGAGGAAGAAGACCCCCAACACAUUUUGGGUUGAUUGCUAUCAAAAACGGUACGUCCCGAAUCGCGGUGAGAUUGUGGUAGGAGUCGUCAGCCAGAAAGCGGGAGACAUUUUUCGAAUAGACAUUGGCGGUAGUGAGCCGGCGUCCCUGUCCUACCUAGCGUUCGAGGGUGCCACCAAAAAGAACCGGCCCGAUGUUAACGUGGGCGAUGCAAUUUGUGCCCGAUUGCUCAUAGCUAACAGGGAUCUGGAACCGGAAUUGAUUUGUGUGGAUUCGUAUGGAAAGAAGGGCAAGCUGGGCGUUCUACAUGAUGGUUUUGUGUUCAACUGUAGCAUAAAUUUGGUGAGGAAAAUAUUGAACCCAAAAUGUACCUUCCUGGAUCUGCUGGCGAAGGAGAUGGCAUUCGAGUUAGCCGCUGGAAUGAACGGCAGGAUAUGGAUAAAGGGAAAAACGGUGAAGGAAACCAUCGCCGUUGGGAACGCCAUUUUAGCUGUCGAGUUCAAAUCCAACGAGGAACUGAAGGAGCUCUGUGACGACAUUGGCAGCUAUGUUGCCGGAUUUUCGUAGACUAUUUGUUAUAAAUAUAUUAUAAUUAAAAAUAACAAAA